GAAGGGUCCAUGACGUCCUGCUCUUUAGUCAGAGUACAACCAUCGCCUUACCUCCUCCGACUCCGCUACGCUAUGAAACGUCGGAUCGGAUAAUCUGCAGACAUGCUAUUCGGAGCACCAACACGGCGGACCACCCCGUGGAGACUGUUCUCUACACACACACACACGAAAGCAUGGCAUGUCUGCCAGUCUUUGUGGUCCGACACGCUAGCGUGUCUCUCGCAUGUUGGGAUUGUCUGACGCUGUGCUAUCCACAAUCAGAGACAUUGUGCAACGCCAGCCCAAUGCAGCACCACCACAUACCUGGUAGGGACAAGGGUUCAAGUUGCUGGUGACUCUCCCCACAUCGUCCACGAAUAUUCUAGGACGUUCUCAGGCUCCUGCCUCUCAUAUACCUCAAUACAGAGUGAUGAGCAUGAGCAUGGCAUCUACUGCUCUCCUUCUCUACUGAGGGCAUCACAAUGAAGUUCUCCUUCUUCCUCGCCUUGGCCUUGCUCUCUUUUGCAGGACUUCUGGCCAAUGCGGCGCCAGCCGCUCAACAGGCAUCGACAGUCACGGUUGUUCGCACAUGGACACUGCUUGGAACAAAGACAGUCACUAGCACCAAGACGCUCGCUGCUGUCAUUCAGACUGCUGCUCCCGUCACCAGCACGUCGACAAAGACAGUGACAAAAACACAGUCGGCGACAACAACGUCAAUAUCAACAUCAGUCAAGACUUGGACUGUGACCAGUGUGCACACCGUUACCCAGCAGCACACGACGACAGUGAAAUCACAGGCGGCCACUAGUACCGUGACCGUCACGGCCAGCCCUAAAAUCACAACUGUCACGGCUAGCGCAAAGACCACAACUGUCACAGCCACAGUCACAGGAAGUACCAAGGCAGUCACUGUCACUGGAAGCGGGACGACUGUGACUGUAGAAGGAAGUCCUGUCACUGUUACGGUGCCCAGCAGGACGACGACUGUCACUGCUGAUCCUGUUACGGUCACCGACAGUACGAAGGCGACCGUCGCCAUCACGGUUCUCUUGACGCAGACCGAUACCGCCACUCAGAGUAUCGUAAUCGAGGCAACGUCAACAAGCACACUCACCAGCACGCAUACGAACGCGGAGACGGCCACAGCGACCGCCACCGCCAAGGCGUACACCACGUUGACAUUGUCGGAGACGGUGUUAGAGACGGUCACCGCCGUAGCUACCGCCAAGGCAACGGCUUUGCAUACAGUGUCCCUCACGUCUACUUUUACUGAUGACGUGACGUUGACCGAGGUCGCGCCCGCGACUGCGACCAAUUACGCUACUGUGACAGCUCCAUUCACACGCACAUCGACAGUCUAUGCGACAGACAUUGAGACGGAUGUAGCCACUGUUGUAAUCACCGAGCUCGCAAAAAUCACGACUACCCUCACAAGCACGAGCACGAGCACGGGAACGGAGACAGCUGUACAGACGGAGAUGGAAACGAAGACGGAGAUGAUCACAGAACUCCAGACUGCCACGAGCACUCUUACUGCUUUGGAGACAGUGACGGAGUCUCUCACUGAGAUUGCUACAACCAAUGAGAGAAUCACGGCAAUAGAGAUGGCCACUACCACUCUCACUGCUUUGGGGACAGUAACGGAGUCUCUCACCGCUACUGCUACCGCCACUGCCAGAAGCACGACAACGGAUCUAGUGACCAGCACAGUCACCACACUGGAGACGCUCACUGAAUUUGCCACUGCCACUACUACUUUUGCGGCUACUGCUAUUGUCACUGAGAAGAUCAUAGCAACAGAGCUAGCUACGAGCACACUUACCACUUCCGCGACGCUUACAGAAUCAGAAUAUGCUACCAUUAACCUUACGGCAAGAAGCACAGCAACACAGAUAGCAACCAGUACGCUUACCACUACCGAGGUGAUGACGGAACUACAGACUGCCACUAGCACAUUUACGGCCCAAAGUACCCAGACAGCAACGACUACGAAUAUUCUCACUUUUUCGAAGACGAUCACGGAGUCUCAAACCGCCACCAGCACGCUCACUGCAACGAGCACAGAGACACAACUCGGCGUCAGCAUUGUCACUGCAUGGCAGACUGCUUCAGAGUCGGAAAUUGCCACUAGCACUCUCGCUGCGACUACCACAGCGACAGCGCUGGCGACCAGCAUACUUACGACCUUGGAGACCCAGAUAGAGGCUAUCACUGCUAUUGUCACUUUGACAGAGAAGAUAACAGCGACAGCGCUGGCGACGAGCACGCUGACGACCUUGGAGACGUUGACAGAGUCUCAGACAGCUACCAGCACAAUCACAGCUCUCAGCACCCAGACGGAACUGUCCACAAGCAUACUCACCGAGCUAGAGACCCUGACAGAGUUUCAGACCGCCAUUAGCACUCUCACUGCGACAAGUACUGAGACACGGCUAGGCACCAGCACUGUCAUUGACUGGGAGACGGAUACAGAACUUUCUACGCUCUUUGAAACAAGUACUCGAACCUCGAUGAUGUCGGCUCUCACUACGCAGACGCUGACAGCCACCGUGUUGGCCACGCAAACAGCCACAACCACCGAAACCUUGACAGAGGCUGUAACGGAGAGCAGUAUUGAGACUGCCUACGCGACUCUCACGUCGACUGCCCACGAGACUCUCACCUCGACACGUACGGACAUCGAGUAUGUCACACAGAGCUCUUUGGAGACAGACCAUGCCACUGUGACUUUAACCACUUUUGAGACUGCAACACAAACAGCAAUGGACGUCGCGUACAUAACGCAACGUGCUACGGAAACACUUCGCAGCACUUUAACGACAACGAUCCUUGAAACAGCGACUGAGACAGAUAUCGCCGUGCAAAAUAUCACUCUGAGCGCAUUUGUAACGUCUCGUGUCACCCUGACGUCGACAGCACAAGAGACGGCCACUUCUACCGCCACCGAUGUCACCUACAUUACACAGAGCGAUGUGCAGACUGCUUACGUCACUCUUACGUCGAUAGCACUGGAGACGACUACAUCCACCCAGACUGAUGUAGCAACUGUCACACUGAGCACCAUACAGACGGCCAGCACCACGGAGACCUCGACGGUCGUGCAGACAGCAACGUCCACCGCCACUGCCAUUGCAUUCACCACGCUCAACACUGUGGAGACUGCUCUGGAGACGGCUACAACCACCGCCACUGACAUAGCGUACGUCACGUUGAGCGUCGUCGAGACAGCUCGCACAACACAGACAUCAACGGCACGAGAGACGGCGACCUCGACCGCUACCGAUGUUGCCUUUAUCACGGAGAGCGAUGUGGAGACAGCGCGUGUCACUCUGACAUCGACCAAAUUGCAAACGGCUACUUACACUGCUACCGAUGUGGCCUAUGUCACGCUGAACACAGUCGAGACGGCCCUCACGACACAGACGGCCACGCAGACCUCGACGGCUCAGGUGACGGCCACGGUCACUGCCACUGAUGUUGCAUACAUCACGCUGGACAUUCUCGAGACGGCUCACACAACACAGACGUCGACGGCUGUCCAGACGGCCACUUCCACUGCCACGGAUAUUGCCUACAUCAUGCAGAGCGCAACAGAGACUGCGCAUACCACGCUUACGGCGACGGCUCAAGUAACGGCUACUGUUGUAGCCACUGAUGUAGCGACGAUCACUCUGAGCACCAUUGAGACUGAUCACACUACGCAGACUUCGACGGAUGUCCAGAAGGCCACGUCUACCGCAACGGACGUGGAAUACGUCACUUUGAACCUUGUUGAGACGGCUCAUGUCACGCAGACCUCGACGCUGCAAGCCACAGCCACUGUCUCUGCUACUGACACCCAAUGGACUACCCAGAGUAGUACCCAGACGGCAUACGUGACAGUCACUUCAACGCUCUACCAAGCUCUGACCGUCACUGCAACGGCGACGCAGACUGUCACCGCUACGACGACCGCUACGACGACGACUGCACCUCUGAUCGGAGUCACUGUUGGCCUUCUCUGAUCUGCAUGCAGCCCGUUCAUGUCAUUCUAUACGUCCGAACGAUAGACUGUACCACUUCCAGUCACCCAGCCUGUUGUCUUCUUUUCGCAUCAUGAUAGAGCUGUGUAUCGAACUCUUGCUCCUAGUUUCACCACAUCUGGCCCCUCUUUUGGCACUCUCAUUUCGUGUUCUUCCAUUCGACGCACUUGUACAUCUAUAUCAUUUCUUCGACUUCUACAUCUAUAUCAUGUCUUCGACUUGAUACGUAUCAGCGAUGGUCUAAAUGUAAAGACAUGACAUGA